ACCGAUUAAACAAACAAAGAUAUAAAUGCCACCGCCCCCUGUGGUAACGGGAUUGUCCCCUAUAGAAGGGCCCCCAGGUACGAGAAUAAUAAUAAGGGGAGAAAAUUUUGGAACAAAAUCUUCGGACCUUAUAGGGCUUAAAAUAUGUGGAUGCGAUUGUUUACUUUCUGCAGAAUGGAAAUCUCCUAAUAAAAUCAUAGCUCGUUCCGGCCCCGGAAAGGGUAAAGGGGAUGUUAUUGUAACAACACGUCUUAAUGGGGUUGGCACAUGUAACGUUAGCUUUAAAGGGUAUCAUGAAACAAUUGGGCCUAUGAAAGAGAGUGCAGUAUGGGUUGAAGAAGCUCCGUUGUUCGUCUGGGGGCGGCACUCGCUGUCCCCCGGAAGCUACCAACAAGAAGACCCUUUGGGCUUAUCAGUUGAAGGAAACGACAAGAAAUUUCCUGAAGAUGAUCUGCUUGAGUUAUUUCCUAACGCAACUGGCGACAUUUCAUCCGAGAAUUUUUCAGCGUGUUGGUUUCUACUGGAAAAUCAUCAUUGUACAUCGUUUAAUGACUUGCAGGCGGGUCUGCUACAUCUACGUCGCAAAGUCGAAGGGCAAAAGGAAGGACAGUUGUCGUUCUUAAAAGCUAAUGUCGGAUCCGUUAUGGAUCAAGCAGAUACAAUUGCAACGUUGAUGGAUAAAUUUGAAAAAGAUGCGAGUGUAUACGGUAGUGAGUCCACACGAAAAUUGGAAAAGUCUAUCAAAGAAUCGGAAAGGGAGGCGAGAAAGUUAUUCGAUGAUGUGUUAACGCGAAGAGAUCGAGCGGAGAAAACUAGAAAUGCCUUAAAUGUUUUAGCUAGAUUUAGAUUUUUAUUUUGUCUACCAUGCGUAAUAGAUAGGAAUAUUAGAAAAGGAGAGUACGAUAUAGUAAUAAACGAUUAUACAAGAGUAAAGAAUCUUUUUAAUAAAAGUGAGGUGCCCGUUUUCAAAACGGCGCUCAGCGAAAUAGAGAAACGUGUAGUCGGACUGCAAAAGAUGCUACAUGAUAAAUUACAAAAAAUGCCUAUACCCAUUGAAGAACAAAAACGCUUAAUUAGGUACUUAGUAAAUUUAGAUGCACCCUACGAACCCGCUUGGGACGCCAUUAGGAGUUACUCAAAUUACAUUAACUUGAGAUUUAAGCAAUGUUACGAGGAACACAAAGCUGGAGAGAAUGCUGUCGCCGAAGAAUUAUGCAAAAUGAAAAAUAGCCAAUCGGCUUCAAAGUACAGCAAAUUCAACUCUUCGUAUGAUUCUUUAAAUGCAGUUCCAGAAAAUAUAUUGUUUGUGGAGGAUUUAUGUCAACUACUGUCAGAGUUAUUUCCAGAUUUAUGGAAGCUAGGUCAAUCUUAUUUCACUGGGGAGCUGCAUGCCAAUGUGGAAGUGGGGCAUCAAGCGAAUUUUAAAAACAUUGUAAUGACAAUAAUUGAUCUGUUCUGUAAGACUUUGCGAUCGGCUGUUAUUCCACAUACGUUGGAUAAAAAUGCGGAUAAAGCGCUUGUGGGAGCUUGGACGAUUCCCGACAUUGACAUUAUUGCAUUGUGGCUUCCAGUAUGUUUGCGUUACAUUCGAUCUACAUAUAAAAUACUAAUUAAGUUAGACUUGCCAAGCGAAGCUUUAGAUAUAAUAUCCACGUUUAUACUAGACUUCAAACUUUAUUGUAUGAGUGUUUUGUUAAAGCAAACAACGGAGCAAGUUAGGCAAUUGUCAAGUCAGGAGAAUUGGAAAAUAGAAUUUGCCGGCACUCACAGUGGAAUAACGGAAUUGCCAAUCGAGUUUGAAGAGUUAGUGCAGACUGUGAUUCGUUUAAUUAAGGAAUCUGUGUUAACGACGGAACAACGGGAAAUCUCACUAUUAGAAAAUGCGAACGCACAAAAAGAACUAGACAAGCAAGUGGAGACGCUUUUAUCGUCCUUUUACAGUGUCCUGAAGAGCCUAGCAUUUCAGGACGAUGAGAGCGGAUAUAAUGAAGAUCAUUCACCUGUUGUAUCGCAACUGAUUGGUACCCCGAUAACGGCUUAUAGGAAUCAUGACGCAAAUAAUCACAUACCCAUUUGGGAAUGCAGAUUGUUAACAACACUUUCUAAUUGCCAAUACACUAAUAAUACGGUUCUGGUGCAUAUAUCUCGGUCGUUUACGAUGAACGGUUAUUCUCUCUCGAAAUUGGCUAUUGAAAAUGUUAAAACGAAAUUCACUUCACUCGAAAAGGCACUUUUGGACGCAUAUUUGGAACAUAAAAGUGAUCCACUUGUAGGCACAAUUGAGCCCUCGAUGUAUUUGGGUAGAUUCGAUUGGGACACUAAUAAUAUUCCGUCAGACAUCCGACCCUAUGCUAAGGAGUGUAUUAAUAAUUUGAUUCACGUACACUCUGAGGUGUACACUGUCUCGCCCUCUCUUGUUGAAAGUGUGCUUCCGCAAGUAGUCCAAACGAUCGCCGAGGAAUUAUUUAGGUUAAUGUCUUGCGUAAAGAAAUUUAGUUUAGCCGGAAUACAACAAGCGCGUGCGGAUAUCUGCGCAUUGCAAGAAAUUUUAUUGCCAUACUCGACACCGAAGGCUAAAACGUUUUUUAAUGAUGCUUUAGAUAUAAUUCCUUCUUUAGAAAAGUCAAGCUCAACGAUUAUCGAAGAUAUACUAAAACAGGUUCGUGUUAGAAUGCGACUGCAAAUUCUUUGUCUAUCAAGUAGUGCUCUAAAUGGUCCGGUCAUAACAUGAUUAUCGUGAUAACAGUGAUUGAUGUUAUUUUGCGAAGCGCAUUCAGUAGUCAACGCCUUUUUUAGCUAUCUACCUCAUUUGUUUUUUAAUCCCUUAAAUGACAAAGUGCUUUUGUUUAGAAAACAUUCACUUUCAUAUGAAUUACACAGAUGAUGUGUAUAUUGUGUAGUAAAAGAGAUAUUAUUAAUUUAAUGAUUUAUUUACAUGUAAUUUGUAGUGAGUUGUAAGGAUGUUAAUUUAAUUGGACUCCGUACAAAUAACAUUCGGAUCAUUUUAAAAUUAAUAUAAAUCACUAUAACAAAUGGUGCUUCGUUUUUACAACUCAAUACAAUUAUGCUUAGCUUAUAUAUGUUUUUUUGUAGGUUUAAUUUGGGAAUGUACAUAGAACGAAAUCAAGAUAUUGUAUAUAGCAUUAUUUUAGCUUUACAUUUUAGUUCAUUUUUCUUUUUUUUAUUGCCAAAAUCUACAAUUGGUAUUGAAAGAGAAUGUGUAUUUUUAUGUAUAUAUUGUAUGUAAGUAAUUUUAUGUAUCAAACUUAUUUGAGUAAAUUAUUUAUGGUAAUUUCAGCAUUUUGGAUAUCACUGUAAAUUUUCUAAUAUUUCGCCUUAUUAAAUGACUGUUUUUGAUUGACGAAAGCAUAAUUAUGACACGUGACUAAGCUUAUUGUAAAUUGUUUUUAAUUUCUUUUAUUAAUUCCAUGUUGUAUGUCUCUGCUUUAAAACAUCUCUAGGUUGUGACUAGGUAAUGAUGUUAAUAACAUAGGAACAUGUGAUAUCACUAGACAACAAAUGUUAGAAAAUUUAUAGUUUGUGAUUUUUGUAAAAUGUCUAAAACGACAAUUUCAUACACUUAUUUAUUUUGUUUUUAUUUUCAUAGAUUUAUUUGUAUGUUAUAGGGAAGUAGUAAUGCUGCAGUCUAAUUGUAGUAACAAUAAUUAUAUGAAUAAAGUUCAUUUCUAACUUUA